AAAAGCUAAAAAUACGGAAUUCCCUCUUCCCUUUGUCGUGGACGACAGACCACACAAGCUUUACCUGUUGCCACAUAUAUCUCUUCGAGACAGCUCCCAAAAAGAGCCACAACCCAUUUUUCUCUCCAUUUCUCAUGUCCAUUUCCAUGUUUCGGUGAGUCUUUUGUUUCUUUUCUGCUCACUCUUCAAUCUCUUUUCAGAUUCAGUUAAUAGAUUCCAUGCUUUCGCAACAACUUCUAGUAGUAAUGGCGUAGAAGUGUUCAUGGCUUGGUUAGUCUCAAAACCUUGUAUCCAGUUGAUUUUCUGAGUUAGGAAUUUAUUAAAAGACAAAUUUCUUCUUAGAAAGAGUGUUAUUUGAAGAAUUUUUGGUGACCCAGGUUUGUAUUUUGAGUCGAUAUUAAGAGACCCUUUGUUCCAAUCCAUGGAUACUUUACUUAGAACACAUAACAAGCUUGAACUUUUGCCUCAACUCCAUGGGUUUUCUGAGAAAGCUUGUAACCUGAGUUCAGUCAGGGUUCAGAACCAGGAGCCUAAGUUUGGUCCCAAGAAGUCAUAUUUUAAAAGAGGUAGGGGUAAUACUUGUGUUAAGGCAAGUAGUACUGCUCUUUUAGAGAUGGUACCGGAAACUAAGAAGGAAAAUUUAGAGUUUGAGCUUCCUCUAUAUGAUCCAUCAAAAGGCACUGUGGUGGAUUUAGCUGUUGUGGGAGGUGGCCCUGCAGGUCUGGCUGUUGCCCAGCGGGUUUCACAGGCAGGGCUUUCAGUCUGCUCAAUUGACCCAUCUCCGAAAUUGAUUUGGCCUAAUAAUUAUGGUGUUUGGGUGGAUGAAUUUGAGGCUAUGGAUCUGCUUGAUUGCCUUGAUACAACCUGGUCUGGUGCUGUUGUGUAUAUUGAUGACCAAAAAAAGAAAGAUCUUGGUAGACCGUAUGGAAGGGUUAAUAGGAAGCAGCUGAAGUCAAAAAUGUUGCAAAAGUGCAUAUCUAAUGGUGUCAAAUUUCACCAGGCAAAGGUUAUAAAGGUUAUCCACGAGGAGUCAAAAUCUCUACUGAUUUGCAAUGAUGGUGUCACAGUUCAGGCUACUGUCGUUCUUGAUGCAACUGGAUUUUCUAGGUGCCUUGUUCAGUAUGAUAAGCCCUAUAAUCCUGGCUAUCAAAUGGCCUAUGGGAUUUUGGCGGAGGUGGAAGAACACCCAUUUGAUGUAGAUAAGAUGGUUUUUAUGGAUUGGAGAGACUCACAUCUUAUCAACAAUAAGGAGUUGAGAGAGAGAAAUAGUAAAAUCCCCACAUUUCUAUAUGCAAUGCCUUUCUCGUCAGACAGAAUAUUUCUGGAGGAAACUUCUCUAGUUGCUCGACCUGGAGUGCCUAUGAAUGAUAUCAAGGAGAGAAUGGUGGCCAGGUUAAGGCACCUAGGCAUAAAAGUGAAGAGUAUCGAAGAGGAUGAACAUUGUGUUAUUCCAAUGGGUGGGCCCCUUCCAGUGCUACCCCAAAGAGUUGUGGGAAUUGGUGGCACAGCUGGGAUGGUGCACCCUUCAACAGGGUAUAUGGUAGCAAGAACUCUUGCAGCAGCUCCAAUUGUUGCAGAGUCCAUAGUUCGGUGCCUUGAUCCAGGAAAAAGCUUUUUGGGAAACAAAUUGUCUGCAGAAGUGUGGAGAGAUUUAUGGCCCAUAGAAAGAAGGAGACAAAGGGAAUUCUUCUGUUUUGGCAUGGAUAUUCUGCUUAAGCUAGACUUACCAGCUACAAGAAGGUUUUUUGAUGCAUUUUUUGAUCUGGAACCCCAUUAUUGGCAUGGAUUCUUGUCAUCUCGGUUGUUUCUUCCCGAGCUCAUAGUUUUUGGGCUUUCUCUGUUCUCUCAUGCCUCUACUACUUCUAGGUUAGAGAUUAUGGCUAAGGGAACUCUGCCUUUGGUCAACAUGAUUAAUAAUUUAGUGCAGGAUAGAGAAUAAGAUGAUCAGGAUAUCCAUAUGUCAUGUGCUUAAGUCUAUUGAUGCGUUGCAUUCUACUCAUUUUUCCCCAUAAAUGUUGAUAAUAUUCUAUGAAUUUGUUGUUUUAUAGUCA